AUGAAUAAGAACGGUUUUGUGAGCUAUGGCAGCAUCUCUGCUGUGGGUGAAACUUUUGGAAGCAAUGACCAGCCAUCUCAGGGUGGUGAAGCUCCUGCUACUAAGACCCCAAGAUCCAGGGUCCGAAUUCAGUGUAUUAUACCUUGUCGUGUAAGCAGCUGCUCCACCUCCAUCCUGGUUGACAGUGUCUUCAAGAUAAGGGGAAUUGAAGUUUCCCAGGUCUCUAUUGUGGGGAUAAUCAGAGGCCAGAGAGCUUCCAACUACAUUCUUUACAGAAUUGAUGAUAUGAUCACCAAGCCUAUUGAGGUCCGCCAGUGGCUCGGAAGAAAUAAAGCAAAACAGGGCACAUCGCUUCUUCCAGUGGAAGUGUAUGUCAAAGUGAUCGGUAUCCUCACAUGUUUUAAAGAAGUAAAGGGCCUCGAGGUAUUGAAUAUCCGAGUCCUAGAGGACAUGAAUGAGUUCACCACACAUAUUCUGGAAACAGUCAAUGCACAUAUGAUGCUGGAUAAAGCCCACCAAGUGGCCUCUGGACCUAGUGCGCCAUCAAAAAUAAAUGAGGUCCAGAAGUAUGGCGAGUACUACCGCCUUGACUUCAUCCACAAGGAAGUUCUGCGUUUGAUCCGUGAAUGUCCUCAACGGGAAGGCAAAAGUGUACAUGAGCUCCAGACCCAGCUUUACAGCCUGAGCGGCAGGGCCUUCAAGCAAGCUCUUGAGUAUCUGACCAUUGAGGGCUACAUCUACCCCACUGUGGAUGAAGAGCAUUUUAAAUCUGCUGAUUAA